CGUUGGGCUCACAUUUCUGUGUAGAAUUUGUGUAAAUUGGAUGUAAUUUUUUUUUUUUAAUUAGCCCAUUUUCUGGUGGGUACCAGAAGAGGUUUGUAUAAAUUCCAAUAGUAGAAUAGCAAUGGGUAACAAUUACAUAUAUACAUAUAAAUAUAUAUAUACACACACACAGGCACAUUUGCAGCCUGUGAGUAGCAAUGGCUGUAUGUCUUAUCUUGUAUACGAUGUGCUCCAUCAGCUACAAGCCGUAAUCACAACACCAGACUUUCAUUCAUAUCUUCUAAGCAGCUCCUGGCGCUCAGCCGCCUCGGCAGAAGCACAGAAGGCUGGGUGGGAUGGUGAGAGGUAGAUUACUUCAACUGCACAAAAGUAACUGCGGGGUGGGAGGAAACAUCUCGUAAUUAGAACACGGGACGGAAAUUAAGGUCUCUCCCAACACUGUCACAAAGGGAGUUCGUGAUCCUUGGCGAAAAGCUUUCCGACCGCCCUCUCUCCACCUGCACAGCCGGGGCGGUGGGGCACAGGGACACUUGCACAGCGAGCGCCCGUGAGCACCGGGAGGUUUCUCCGAUGGCGGCAGGACCUUUGCCGGGCCGGAGGACCAGCUGCCCAGGCCGCGCCGCCCAGGCCCUUCCCGCUGGCCCCAGCCGGAAUACGGAACACUUUAUAUUCAGGAAUACAAGAAAAACAGCAAAGUGGAGUCAAGUGCAUGCAGCAGCUUCAUGGGCUUGAAGGAUCAUCUGGGGCAUGACUUAGGCCACCUUUAUGUGGGGAGCACUGGCACACAAAUAAAUGCAAUUGUACCUUGGUCAAUGGCGGAGAAGCCAACGAUGGAUAAGAUUAAUUCUAGGAAAGAAGACAGAGAAAAGGAGACAUCUGAAGAGACUUCUGGAAGCUCCAGCUGUGACUCCGAAGAAAGCACAAAUUCUGAUAAUGAUUCAGAGAGACUGAAUAAUUCUGCAUCAGAGUCACAUUUAUUGCCUAAGACUCAUCGACAGCUGUGCCGAUCUCCUUGCUUAGAGCCUCAUAUAUUAAAAAGAAAUGAAAUCUUGCAAGACUUUAGGAUAGAAGAGGCUCACAUAGUACCUAAGGAAGUCAAAAAGCCUCCUGAUGUGGUGAAAGAAUAUCAAACCAAACUGGAGUUUGCACUUAAGUUGGGUUACUCUGAAGAGCAGGUUCAACUUGUACUAAAUAAACUUGGUACUGAUGCUUUAAUAAAUGAUAUUUUGGGAGAACUUGUCAAACUCGGGAAUAAAACUGAGACUGAUCAGACUGUAACUAAUGCUAACACUAGUGUAAUGCGUGAAGCGUCUUCCAUAGAGUCUCAGAGGUCAGAGUCUCCACUGCAGGAGGAUGUGACAGAGGAUGGAGACAACCUGAGGCCAAUAGUUAUUGAUGGCAGCAAUGUUGCAAUGAGCCAUGGGAACAAAGAAGUAUUUUCUUGUCGAGGAAUCAAGUUGGCAGUAGAUUGGUUUUUGGAAAGAGGCCACAAGGAUGUUACUGUGUUUGUGCCAGCAUGGAGGAAAGAGCAGUCGAGACCAGAUGCUCUUAUAACAGAUCAAGAAAUCUUACGCAAAUUAGAGAAGGAGAAGAUUCUCGUGUUCACACCUUCCCGGCGCGUGCAAGGGAGAAGGGUGGUGUGCUACGAUGACCGAUUUAUAGUGAAGUUGGCCUUCGAGUCAGAUGGCAUCAUUGUCUCUAAUGAUAACUACAGGGACCUGGCUAAUGAAAAGCCAGAAUGGAAGAAGUUCAUAGAUGAACGCUUGUUGAUGUAUUCUUUUGUUAAUGACAAAUUUAUGCCUCCUGAUGAUCCUCUUGGCCGCCAUGGUCCAAGUCUGGAUAAUUUUCUUAGGAAGAAGCCGAUUGUGCCAGAACAUAAGAAGCAGCCAUGUCCAUAUGGGAAGAAAUGUACCUAUGGACACAAAUGCAAAUACUAUCAUCCAGAAAGAGGAAAUCAGCCUCAGCGAUCCGUAGCUGAUGAACUUCGUGCCAUGUCUAGAAGCACAGCUGCCAAAACUACAAGUGAAGGAGGACUGGUAAAAAGCAAUAGCGUUCCCUGUAGCACUAAAAGCGAUGGCACUUCAGAGCUGAAGCGUGCUGCUCCAAAGAGGCAGUCUGAUCCUAGUAUAAGGACUCAAGUCUAUCAAGACUUGGAGGAAAAGCUUCCCACCAAAAACAAAUUGGAAACCAGGUCUGUACCUUCUUUAGUUAGCAUACCAAGUUCCUCUGCUGGAAAACCCCAAAGUACUGCACCUUUAACUAACGGCCUUCCAUCCGGAGUUCACUUCCCACCUCAGGAUCAAAGACCACAGGGACAGUAUCCUACAGUGAUGAUGGCAACCAAAAAUCAUGGAACACCAAUGCCUUAUGACCAGUAUCCAAAAUGUGAGUCUCCGGUGGAUGUAGGGUAUUACUCUAUGCUGAGUGCAUAUUCCAAUCUCAGCAUAUCUGGGCCGCGUAGUCCCGAGAGGCGCUUCUCCUUGGACACAGAUUAUCGGAUUAGCUCUGUAGCUUCCGACUGCAGCAGCGAGGGGAGCGUCAGCUGCGGCAGCAGCGAUUCCUACGUGGGCUACAGCGACCGCUCCUACAUGAGUUCGCCUGACCCGCAGCUGGAGGAGAACUUGAAGUGCCAGCACAUGCACGCCCACGGCCGCCUUAACGCUCAGCCCUUCCUGCAGGGCUACCACGAGCCCCUCACUCGAGUGCAGAGCUACAGUCACGAAGAACCAAAGCAUCACCACAAAUCUCCCAUUCCGUAUAUGGCUGUGCAUCUGCAGCACCCAGCAGUCGGUGCUCGUUCCAGUUGUCCGAACGACUACUCCGCGCCUCAGAGCUCGUCUCAUUCCAAGACGCUGCAUCUGGGGAGAGCCCUGGUGUCCACGAGAAUAGACAGCGUUUCCGACUCGCGCUUGUACGAAAACUCCCCGUUAAGACACAGGAAGCCUUACUCUGGCCAGGAGGGGCUGGGAGGCUGGGAUAGGCAGAGUUACGGGAUGGAUGCCUACGGCUACCGCCAGACGUACUCUUUGCCCAGCAACCCCACGCAGCCGUGCUACGAGCAGUUCGCCUUCCAAAGCCUUCCCGAGCAGCAGGACCAGCCCUGGCGCGUUCCUUACUGUGGAAUCCCGCAAGACCCCCCAAGGCUCCAAGACACCCGGGAGAAGGUUUACGUUAACCUCUGCAACAUCUUCCCCCCCGAUCUCGUGAGGAUGGUGAUGAAGAAGAACCCUCACGUGACGGACGCUCAGCAGCUCGCUGCUGCCAUCUUAGUGGAGAAAUCUCAGCUAGGUUAUUGAGAGAUGACGCAUCUUUGUGGUGUCUCGUAGUUUUCAGCUCAGCUCUAAGGCUGAGGGAGGUUUGCUACAAUAGCAUUUGGGAUCUCCUUCUCAGCAAGGAGGUUAUAUAGUAAUCCGGUUAUGUGAAAUACUGUAUCAUGGAGUCUGUAUGUAUAGCCCCAUGCAUUGGAAGUACCAGAUAAGUUUUGUGUUCUAGUUUGAAAAUUUUUAAAUGGCUAUUUUCACAUCUGGAGGGAUGUUCCAGUUUAAAUUAAUAUAUAUAUAUAUAUAUUAAAAAAAAUCUGUGGUCUCUGGUUAUAAUCUUUGGUGCAUCAGGGGUUUAUAUGCAGCACUUUCUUAUCAUUGUUACAUUUUGUUGGGAUUUUUGGUUUCAUUUUUUAACUUGCUGGAUGCUUAUCCUUGGGCUGUGAGAUAUUAACCUGAAGAAUGAGGAUUUUGCUACUUCUGGCAGGCAAUUUUCAAGCCAAGUUUCUGAAGUUUUUAAACUGCCACGAGUAUGUCUGAUGUAUGUUUGUUUGGUUUUGUGAGCUUUUUUGUGCUGUAAUCACCUGUUUGUAGAAAACAAAGAUUUCCUACAGCACUGACUUCAUUUUUUGAAACAAAUAAUUAAGUUACCAGUUAACAGUGAAAUGGGUAACAAUAUAUUGGUAAUUUAUAGUAUGGCACUUUUCGUUGCUUUCUUUGUUUUGCUUAAAUAGUUACACAUUUUUGUUGAUGCAGUCAAUUAGUAAGAUCAGAUGCAAACAGAGGAGGAAAUUUUUUUUUUUUACUUAUUUAUGGAUAUGUUGAAAGCCUUAUUGCCUGAUUUCAGAGGUAUUGAGAAUUUGCAGCCCCUUUGGAAGCUAAGAGAAGCUGCAAAUGCUCAGAACCACCCAAAACCAGGCCACCCUGUUUCAGUUCCCGUGUGUUUUUGCCCAGCUCUGUGUAUUUCUGGUCAGUAGAUGGGGACCUGAAAUCAUAGGGCCCUGUUUAGUUAUUUUGUAUGUUUUUCCUUUGUAUUGCUGCACAACUGUACUGGAUAAAAUAUGCUUUUCAUAAAGUAUUUACCUGUUUUUAAAUGAAUUUAAUUAUCUCAAUGCAAGUUUUGUAUUUAAGAUACUGUUUGAUUUUUCUUGCUAUUUAUCAAGGCUGGCCUGAAAAGGUUUUGUGUGUUCAGGAUAUGCAACAUUUAUUAUCUGCACUAUGGUAAUGAUAUUGUAGCUCAAAAUAAUAACUUAAACUUUUUUUUUUUUUCCUUUUUGGCUGGGGAGGGGAGAGUUUUGGGGAGAGAAGAUACCAUAUGUGUUCCUGGAGUUAGUUUUUCGCUUUUUGCAUUGUAUAGGCCUGUUUCUUGCCACAAAUAGUGUAGUUUUAGAAACAGACAAGCCAAGUCUGUUUUAGCAUUAGUAAGGGAUAUUUCUGGUUUAAAGUCAUGGGUUUUACUAGCACCUCUUUAGCUUUUAUAUAUAUAUAUGAAAAAUAGAAGUAGUUUUUGCAAUUGAUGUCAGAUGUACUUCCAUGACAUGAUCAGUUGCCGACAGUUUUAGGUUUCCAUCCAUUGCAAUGAUGUUCAGUGUUAAAAAAACGUCACUCGUUUACACUAUUACAGCUGAUAAUUUUGGUACACUUGCUGGAGUUUUAAGUAAGGCCCUGAAGAACCAGAAAGUACCUUUUACUGUUGAUACAAAUUGUAUCUUUUUAACUGAGAACUAUUUUGAUUUGUAGAUUAGAAACACAAAUGUAAAAUUAUAACUAGUCUUUUGGGCAACAUUUUAUCCCUUAUUUAAAAAUUAGGGAUUUCAGACAUAGAAUAGAUAUAGGCAAGUAAAAGUAGGUAUUUAUUUAGGUGUCUGUCUCAAUUUCACAUACUAAAACGAAAAAAUAGGCUAUUGGCAUCUUCCUUCUAAAAUCUUUGUAGUGGGAACUCACUAAAAUAAAGGUAAAAUGCUGCCUGAAAAUGAUGUCCAAGCACCUUUGAAUACGAAGACAUUUUCACUACUUGUGUGACACCAUGUGUUGCAGCAAGUAGGGUUUGGGUAUACAGUAAAUGCUUCUAAAGAGCAUUGUGCUAUAGACAUAUCCAAUAAUCUGAACCAUGUUCAGCAAACCAAUUCAGGACGUGGAGCUCCUGCAGCUUCCACUGCUGGAGCGCUGCAAGUUCUGCCAUUGCCUGUCCCCGUGGCAUGGCCAGAGGGGCUCUACACCAUCUGUCCUGCGUUGUCUGUUCAGGGAGAAGACCUCUUCACCUGUGGCAACAGUUUUUCCCUGGAUUUGGUUGGUCGCCAUCCGUAGAGCGUGUUUUAAUGUAGAGACUGAUGCAGCGCUGACGCUGAGGUUUGGACUGGGAAAUGGGUCUCAUCUUAGUUGUAUGCUAAGAUUUGGUUAAACUGAAUUACACUGAAGUACUACACCAUAGUGUAGGUGCAGCUGUUUUAAUAAUGCAGUUAUUGUGUUUGUAGUUUUAAUGGGUUUCUAAGUUUAUUUUUUAUUAGUAGGUAUUUACUUCUGCCAAAAGUUCAAUUCCUUUAAGCAUGAACUGAAACGUGCAUAUGUAAUAGAAGUGUUUUGUGGUUUUUCCUGUGGUGUGGGCACCAGGAUGCUCCUGCCAUGCACAUAUCACAGUCUGGCCUAGAGCAGGGGCUCAGCAGGCUCAGCCACUGGGAUAUCCAUGAGGAGCUGCACGGCCCAGGCCUGAGUUACCCGUGUCCAUUGCCUCUGCACACAGCCAGGGCAGUACUGCAUCCCCAAAGGGAAUUCUUGAGAUAGGUUCUGUGCUUUGCACCCAAACACUGAAAAUGCUUUAAAAAUACAAGAGCAGGAGUAAUUUGGUGGAUUUUAAUGUUGUGCAAUGAUGUGCUAGUUCCCCUUAGACUCGCUUAUGUUGGGUAAAGGAAAUUUAUUGUGGACAAAAUGUUUGCCUUGAUACUUCCUUUUGUUUUGCUGUGGUAACAGAUGGAGGAAUUGUGUGUGAACUUCUCCAUGAUGAAAUCAGUUUGUAUAUUUAACAACUUCUAAAGAGUGUACCAGUAACAAACACGGAUGCAGUGAUGCUGGUCAAAUACUACCUUUGUCUGUGUAAUUGCAUUGAUGCAAAUAACUGGGCUGUAACCUCCCAUGAUCCUUAAACAGCAGAGCUAACUCAGUGAUACUGUCUUGGCCCCAGCUGAGUGCCAGAGAUGCAAUGAAGGAUUUAGUACCUUCAAGUUAGAGCUGUCCCUCACCUAAGAAGAGGGCAGAACUUCCCUUUUUCCCAAGUCUUCAGUACUUGAGAGUUGUUUUGAUACUUAGCAGAAACUCUGUAUUUUUAGAUAAAAUCCCAAGCUGUUAUAACUGCAUCAGUAAUAGUAUAUAGAUAUACAGUAUUUUUAAUGCACAUACAUUAGGCAUCUUCCCACAGCUGUUUUCAAUACAACAACAUGUUGCAAAUAUUUAAGAGUUUUUAAGUAUGUCCUGUAGGUAACUAACUUUGAGCUAAAUAUACCCAGGCUAUGACAGUAUUAAUCUCUUUGUUGUUUUUUAUUUUUUCAAAUAUGUGUAAUAUAUAUAUAUUUGUAUAUAUACACACAUAUAUUUGGCAGGUGGGUUUAAGAUACUGCUAAUGGUCUGAGGUAAGAUCACACCUUUCCAGGUGUCCCAUUUUCUUUGGUAUGGCUGAACUGUAGCUUGGUCCUGCAUUGCAGAGUAGCUCUGGGGAGAGCCAAAACCCUGAUGUGUUCGUGUGACGCCCCGAAAAGAGAAGGUGUGCCGGGCUGGGGAAGCCCUCGAAGGAGACUCCCGCCGCCUCGGGGGUGCAGAAUAUAGCUGAGAUGUUGAUGAACUUCUGCUGUGAAAUUGUAGCUAAUGGUGAACACCUUCCCAAAAAUACCGAAGCUGCCAGUGUAAACCAGAGUACCUCACUUGGAAGGGGACACUGGGGGCGUUUGCCCCAGCAGGGUGAGCGCCGGGGGACUGAAUGCCUUGGGGGAGAGAUACUGCAGCGUCUUGCCACAGUAAGAGACUACCAAAACAUCUACCAGCUUUAUCAAUUGAUGGCUUGACCAAGGCAUUUUCAAUGUGUAAAGCUUGAAAAAUGAGACACAAUGCUUUCCUGCUCUCUGGAGCAUUUAGAAAAAUACCCAACUGACUUUUCAUUGCUACUGAAAAUUUAAAAUACUGUGCAAUUAAAAAGACCAUGUUAAAAAAAAAAAAAAAAA